UGGACUCAGAUGCUGGAACCCAUAUACUCAUGAGGAGUAUAUAGUUGCCCAGGAUGACAUAAUAUGUAUUUUGCCUGGCUCAACCCGUGGCCAGGAUAUGUACAAAAUACUUUUCGUCCACAAGGGUUCUAAUUAUAAACAAGGGAGAUCGGAGACUCGAUCUAGCGAACCAUGCUUUGGAAGCAUUUGGACCUCGUCAUUACCUGCUUCUCUGCUAUCUCAGCAUUACUGUGAAGUAUUGCCUGACCAUCUCUUAAUCUCCCAAGGUGAUCGGAAGGGACUUAUAUAUGUCAUAAUAUCUGUUGUAUCCGGGACUGGCUUUGCGAAUUCCUUUUUCCAACAGAUCUUGAGGCCUUAUCUUUCAGCUCUGGGCUUGGAAAACUAUGAAGUGGUCCAAACCCAGUCAGACAGAACUAUCACAGAGUUAACCCACUCCAAACUACUCGAAGAUGCUCGACUUGGAGUGCCUCAAACAAUCAUCCUUCUCUCUGGUGACGGGGGCUUGAUGGAUAUUGUGGACAUGUUCUACCAUGCUCCGGACAAAGUAUUACUGGCUCCUCCCACAAUUGCAUUAAUCCCAACUGGAACCGGAAAUGCCAUGGCGAGCUCUAUGGGAUUAUUGGAUAGCCCAUCGUCCGCUCUAAGAGCGCUUUUGCGAGGAUCUAAAAGAUUCCUGCCUGUUUUGGAAGCGUCGUUCACGCCGGGCUCACGAUUUGUGAUAGAAGAAGGCCAGAACAGGGCUCCUAUCUCAAAAAAUUCAAACAUUGGGGAAUAUCAGAUCAAUCCUAAAGUCUACGGUGCCGUUGUUGCGAGCUGGGGUGUCCAUGCUGCAUUGGUGGCAGACAGUGACACAGUUGAAUACCGCAGGUUUGGUGCAGAUAGGUUCAAAAUGGCAGCGAAAGAGCUUCUGUACCCAUCAGAUGGAACUUCAACACAUACCUACCAAGGUAAAAUCACGAUUUCGGUCAUUGAUGAUGAAAAUGGCAGCAAAAAAACGCAGUCAAUGGACCAAAAUGAGCACAUGUAUGUGCUCGCCACGCUUGUCCCAAAGCUCGAGAAAGACUUUAUGAUUUCACCAGCCUCAUCACCGUUGGAUGGAUCUUUGCGCCUGGUACAUUUUAGUCCAAUGGCGUCUGAUGCAGCAAUGCAGCUGAUGGGACUAGCCUACCAGGGCGGUAAACAUGUAUAUGAGAAGGCCGUGACUUAUAAGGUGAUUGAAGGUUUUAGAGUGGAUUUCUUGGAGGAAGAUGAACGAUGGAGACGGGUUUGUAUUGACGGGAAAAUCGUGGCAGUUGAAAAUGGUGGCUGGAUGGAAGUGCGCAAGGAGUCGCGGCGUUUCCUUCAGCUUCUAACUCUUCAAGGUACCCUUUAGCCGUAGAUAUAUAGAACAUAGGUAUGCUUCAGAGAGCCUCUUAUUGUCUUGUCCUUGAUUAUGCUUUGCACGCCAGACCUUACGUUCUGCUAUAUUUCUCCAUUUUCAAGACACUGCCUCGAGCUAC